AUGAAGAAACUGUUUACCGACAGCCAGAUGAAACUCGAUAGACUUCUUCAAGACCCCGGUUACACUAUUGAGUACAUCAAGGCGCAAUGGGCGAGGCAACGUGAAUGCCAGCUUAAAGCUAUCGACACUGGAAGCAUGAAGGCGUUGACGGAGAAAGUAGCUCAUUUGGUAGGGUUGGAAGAGAACUUGUACGAAUCACAAAAAGAGCUCAGGGAACUUCGGCGCCAACGGCGCCACAUUCGAAGUGAAGCCAAUGAGGAACGCAUCAUGCGUCUGCCUAACUCACUUACUCUGAUUGAAGAGGAGAUCAAUUCUGUGAUUUCCGAACUUGGAGCUGAAGAGUUCCGAAAUAUUCCGGGUGCAGCAAGCGCGCAUGGUAAAAGUGUUAUCAGAAUCAGAGUCUCGAAGGGGAGGCUGUAUGAGGCAAAGGUCGGAGUUUUGGAAGAAUCGAAGCAAGCAAAUCUCAGGGCAGGCAUACACAACUACUACGAUCUAAGGAAGCAGAGUUGA